CAUCAAUAGUCUCAAUCACCCUUUGAACACCUAUCCUCCGCCCAUCAGCCUCCCAACAGCCCUCAGCUAACACAUUCCAAACAUCAUCCAGGAACCCAUCACCCUCGCACCUCACCACAACUUUGUUUCGUCCCAGGUACUAUAAAUCAGUGCCAUGUGGUUGGGCUCCCUCACCAAGCGACAACACCACCACCACCAAAAAACUUGACCCGAGCUUUCGAUUCGCGACAUCCACAGUAGACAUCCGAAGCAACAAACGAGAAAAAAAAAAAGUUCACCUACGCAACACAAUCAUCGCCUAAAAACCGCGGCGUAUACACUUAAGGGGUGCAAAUCAUGGCUUCUAGGUAGCUAUCCCCAUUCCAAUAUUCCUCCUUCCUAGCACAAUAUGCCAUGCUGCGCGCGCAGCCCUCGAGGUCCAAACUGACGUACGCACCCAGAUUCGGCGGCUCGCGCGAUCCCCGGAGCGCCCUAUUCGAAGGAUAUAACGCAGGCGGUGCGCAGAAGACGGCGAGGAAUGGGAGUACGAGUCCCGGGGGUGGAUAUGGGUAUCCUUCAAGUAAUNGGAGCGCCCUAUUCGAAGGAUAUAACGCAGGCGGUGCGCAGAAGACGGCGAGGAAUGGGAGUACGAGUCCCGGGGGUGGAUAUGGGUAUCCUUCAAGUAAUGGGAAUGGAUCGGGGGGCUUAGGGGUUGGAGGGCAGAGUUAUAGACCUGCGACGCCGAAUUCGAGGUAUGGUUCUGUUCUUCUGCGGAUGAAAGGAUUGGGAGGAGGGCAAGAGAAAGGGGAAGGAGAGUUUUAUCUUGGGGAGGAAUACUAAUUCGAGUGAUACAGAGGACAAUAUAGUAAUGCCGUCCUCGACGAACUGGAAUCCCAAAACGACCACCAGAUAUCCGGCAUGCUAGGCAAGGUCUCCAUGUUAAAAGAUGUAUUUCUCCCUCUCUUAUACCCAUUCCGGCUCCGACCCUUUCACAAUUUCUCCUUUUACUAACAAAGUAUCCAGAUGGCGAUUCAAAUCGGCGACUCAACACGCGAAUCCAGCGCCAUGAUCGAGAAAAUGAACGAUUCCUUCGACAACACUCGCGUGCAUCUCCGAGGGACGAUGAACCGGAUGUUGCUCAUGGCUGAGCGAACGGGGGUGAGUUGGAAAGUGUGGUUGCUGUUUUUCGCCGCGGUCGGGGCCUUGUUUUUCUACGUUUGGGUCUUUUGAUCUGAUUCGAGGAACGGGCAUGAGGUUUGGAAAAGUUUGGAGAUAGGGCGGAAUUGAAACGAGAGAGAUGGGAAAGGCAUUUGCAAGACUUGGGCGUUUGGACGGGUUUGGGAGGGUCACUGCCACUGCUUGUAUUAUAAGGGUCUGCUUUUGCGAAAUUGCGAGAUGAUGUGUUGAUAUAUGGAUUACUUGCUGCUUGCGAGAUUAGUGGGUUUUUUUUGCAUAGGAAUGAGCUAAAGAUAAUGGGACAACGUUUGGUUGAAUAGAGACGCUGAGACGUUGAGACGAUGGCCAAUCGAUAUAUCAGAAAACGGCUCAACAGCCAAUAAACAGCAAGCAAUUUCGAAUCGAUA